AUGUGGAACCAUCAUGAAACUGGGGAUUUGUGUGGUGUAGGUGAAUCAACAGUGUGCAAAAUAGUACACAAAGUCUGCAGUGCUAUAUGUGAACUGAAAAAGGAUUUCAUCAAAUUCCCAAAUGCUGCUGAACAGGCCACCUACAAGGUAGAUUUCUAUGAAUAUGGGAACUUCCCUGGAGUCAUUGGUUGUAUCGAUGGCUGCCACAUUCCCAUCAAGUGUCCCUCUACAGCAGAUGCUGAGGAAUUCAGAAAUCGUAAAAACUGGUUUUCAAUAAAUGUACAAGGAGUGUGCACUCCCACUAUGCAGUUCUCCAAUAUUGUUGCACGUUGGAAAGGUUCAACUCAUGACUCAAGGCUUUUCCACAACUCCUCUUUGUACGGUCAGUUUGAAACAAGACAACACUCUGGAAUUGUACUUGGUGACAGUGGGUAUGCACAGACAAACUUCUUGUUCACCCCUUAUCUCCAUCCAGUCAGACCAGAGCAACAGCGCUAUAACCAAGCUCACAUGCUCACCAAAGGGCUAAUAGAGCGCAUGUUUGGUGUAUGGAAGAAUCGUUUCCAGUGUCUCCGAAAUACACUGCGGUUUGAACCUAGAAGGUGCUGCAUUGUUAUUAUUGCAACAGCAGUGCUUCAUAAUUUUCUUAAACAGUGUGGCUGCCCAGACCCUGAUAUUGAAGAUGAUGAUGACCAACAUGUCCCUAUCGCUGAGCUAGCCAAUGACAGAAAUGGACUUGCUUACAGAGAUGCUUUUGCUUUGCAGCACUUCUCAUAA